UAUCGCCUUACAAUGCCAUUUUCAUUUUACGGCACAAACCUAUAUUUCGAUACAUCUUUGUAUUAAGGAAUAUAUUCAAAUAAAUAAAAAAUUUAUAUUAUUAGUUUCAACCAUUUACUUUUGGCACAGAUUUUAAAUAGUGCGUUACCCUGAAGUACGAACUCCGUGACCAUCUUUGUAUUUGGCUUCGCUUUAAACGUUGUCGUUGUGCAUGUUUCUAUAUCUUAGACUGUGUUAAACUACUUGCACCCACACAAUUUGUUAUUAUAUCCCUAAUAAUUUGUUGGAUAACGUGUUUGCAUUUACUUUGAUCUUCUAGUAGACUUCACCAAGAUUCUAAAUUUCUGCUUAUAAACGUCAACACAUUCCUGUACAUUCUCUUCGUCCUGACCCAUCUUUCAAGCCAGUAAGAACUGGUCAGUGGCAAAUGGAUACGUUUAAAGAUAUUAUUUAUUGGAGUGAACCAAUCAAGUCGGGUAUUGUUUCAGCUGUUGGGUUGACAUUUUUGUUAAGUUUAUCCUGCAUGUCAUUUAUUUCCGUCGUUGCUUACGCUGGACUUGCCUUAUUUUGCUGCACAGCAGCUUGCAAACUGUAUAAUGUCGUUAUUGGUUCAAGUAAACGGGAAACGCCAAACAGUUCAAAUAAUUCAUUUCAUUCAUGGCUUGAAUAUGAUAUUCUAUUGUCUGAAGAUAAAAUUGCCCAGCGUGUUGGAGCUGCAUCUGAACAGUUAUCUGAAAAGUUGAAUCAAUUACGUCGUAUGUUAUUGAUGCAAGAUUAUUUUGAAACUGCCAAGCUUGCAAUCGGCUUGUACAUACUAUCAAUUGUAGGUGGAUGGUUUAAUUUACUUACAUUGAUAAUUAUACUAUUUGUUUUGGGAUUGACGUGUCCCAGACUUUAUUUAUUAUACCAGCCUCAAUGUGAUGAAGCAUUCAAAAUGGUCAGAACGAAAGUGAAAGACAUACUUAAAAUUGUUGAAACUAAAAUUGAAAAGCUUCGCGGUUCACCAAAAAAGUAGGAUUUCUUCAUCCUGUUCACAGUGAUCUAUUCAGUCUGGUGAUAUUCACUCAAACGGCAUAUUUGUCUUCAGUGAUUUUUAAUGUGUGCAUAUUCUUAUAGAAAUUACUCCUCUUUUAAAAUCGUCAUAUAUGUAACAAUACUAUAAUUGUGCUUUUGUCAUUUAUUCCGUAAUUAAUUAGUCUUCACAUUUUAAAUUAGGAUGUACUUCCUACCUCCUGCCUCUUCGUUUUCGUUUUGCAUGUCUUAAUGUUACUUUUUUUAAUUUUGUUCGUGAAUCGAAAUAAAUUGGUUGAUUCCGUCUU